CCAUCUCUCACACAAGCCUCUACACCAAUUUGUCAUAGAUACAAUCUCUCUCUCUCUUCACUUUCUCUCUCUAAAGUCAUAACAAAGAUGGAGUCUUUCAGCAUAUCUAAGAAGGUGAGGUGUGUUAAUGGUGAAGAAGAAGAAGAAGGGACAAAAACACUGGACGGAACUGUUGAUUUCCAUGGCCGACCAGCUCUUAAAGCAAAAACUGGUCGAUGGACAGCUGGAACUAUCAUCCUCGUGAACCAAGGACUAGUAACUUUAGCUUUUUUUGGAGUUGGGGUGAAUCUAGUGUUGUAUCUAACUAGGGUGUUACAACAAGGCAAUGCUGAGGCUGCAAACAAUGUUAGCAAAUGGACCGGGACGGUUUACAUUUUCUCACUCGUCGGCGCUUUUCUUAGCGACUCAUACUGGGGUCGAUACAAAACGUGUGCCAUCUUUCAAGCCAUCUUUGUGUUGGGUUUGGGCGGACUGUCGGUGGCAUCAAGUAUGUUCUUGAUCACCCCUAAAGGUUGUGGUGACCGGACCACAAUAUGCGGGACGCACUCAAAUUGGGAAAUCGGGUUGUUUUACAUUUCGAUAUACAUGAUUGCUUUAGGGUACGGCGGGUACCAACCGAAUAUUGCAACGCUUGGAGCCGAUCAAUUUGAUGAAGAAGAUGCUAAAGAGGCUCACUCAAAGGUGGCUUUCUUUAGCUACUUUUAUCUUGCACUAAACCUUGGUUCACUCUUUUCCAACACACUCUUGAGCUAUUUUGAGGAUGAAGGAAUGUGGACCCUCGGGUUUUGGCUUUCAACUGGGUCCGCGUUUGUUGGACUAGCGCUGUUUCUUGGAGGGACCGUAAGGUAUAGACACUUUAAACCAAGCGGGAACCCGUUAAACAGAUUUUGUCAAGUGUUUGUGGCUGCGUCGAAAAAGUGGAGGGUUAAGUUGCCGCAAGGCGAAGAGUGUUUGUUUGAAGAUGAAAAAGAAAGUUCUUUAACCACUGGAAGGAAGAUACUUCAUACACAUGAAUUCAAGUUUCUCGAUAAAGCAGCGUUCAUUACCUCGAGAGAUUUCAAUGACCCGAAACAAGCGACUCACAACCCAUGGAGUUUGUGCCCGGUUUCACAGGUUGAAGAAGUGAAAUGCAUAUUGAGAUUGCUUCCCAUUUGGCUAUGCACGAUAAUCUACUCGGUUGUAUUUACGCAAAUGGCGUCGCUAUUCGUUGAGCAAGGCGCAGCCAUGAAAAGUACAAUUUCCAACUUCCAAAUCCCCGCAUCCAGCAUGUCUAGUUUCGACAUUUUAAGUGUUGCGCUCUUCAUUUUCCUUUACCGAAGAGUGAUCAGUCCGGUUGUAAUAAUGUUCCAGAAAAAAGACUCCAAGGGGUUGACCGAGCUUCAAAGAAUGGGAAUCGGGCUCAUUAUUGCGAUACUCUCAAUGGUUUCGGCUGGAAUAGUGGAAUGUUAUAGACUAAGAUAUGCUAAUCAAGAAUGCACUCAUUGUGACGCGUCAAGCUCGUUAAGCAUAUUUUGGCAGGUGCCUCAAUACGUGUUUGUCGGGGCGUCUGAAGUGUUCAUGUAUGUGGGACAACUCGAGUUUUUCAACGCGCAAGCGCCUGACGCGUUAAAGAGCUUUGGAAGUGCACUUUGCAUGACAUCUAUCUCACUUGGGAAUUAUGUAAGCAGUUUCAUUGUGACUAUAGUUAUGAAGAUAUCAACCGAAGAUGAUAUGCCCGGUUGGAUUCCUGGAAACCUCAACCGCGGUCAUCUAGACAGGUUUUUCUUCUUGCUAGCUGGAUUAACGGCUAUCGAUCUAUUAGUCUACAUUGUGUUUGCUAAAUGGUACAAGAGUAUUAAGCUCGAGGGGAAGAACGAUGAAGAAAAUGAUGACACCGACGAUAGUGAAGUCUGAAGAUGUAAAUUACUGAGAAGACGGUUAAGUUCAACGAUGAUCCAAAAUAUAUAUAAAUAAGAACUGGGAUAGGGUUAUGAAGGCGAAAACACUCUGUAAAUGCGUCGAAGAAAUUGCGGUUGGGUUGGCUUAAGGCGGAAAAGACCCGAGUUCCCAUAUUCAUUUUGAUCUAAUUUGGUUAUGGGAAUGGACCGAAGGGAAGGGGCGUUGGUUGAUCUGCGGUUAAGAUGUUGAGUGUAGUUGCUUUGGGUUCAUGAGGUCAUGAUCUUACUUCCAGUGGUGGUUCAUUUUGUUGUACAACAAGACUAAUUUAACAUGUGUUUUGGUCAUUUGUGAAUUGGUUUUUGUAUUUUGUAACAUAUUUUUGGCUCUAUUUCAUCUGAUUUCACUA